AUCUGCAACCACCACCUCGACCUCCGCCCGAGCCUCUACUGUCGCCCCGACAGCCAUUGCAAUCAUGUCGCAGCCCUCCCUCGCGCCCUUUGUCCUCAAGCGGCAGUGGCUGACCCGGUGGAUGAAGCCAUUGGCAAACUGGUAUGCCAAUGCGUCGGGCUACAGGAAGCUCGGCUUGAGAGCCGAUGACCUGAUCCCGGAGGAGAACGACACCGUGCUUCUCGCCCUCAAGCGACUCCCUCCCAAGGAAGCCUACGACCGUGUUUUCCGCAUGCGACGUGCAUUCCAGCUUUCGCUAUCCCACCAGCUUCUCCCUAAGGAAGAGCACACAAAGCCGGAGGAGGAUGUUCCAUAUCUGACCCCUCUCAUCCAAGAGAUCGAGGCCGAGCUUAAGGAGCGCGAAGAUUUGGAGGCGAUGGUGAUAGAAAAGCCAACGGUGCAAAAGAAGCACGGCCCCAAGCUGUACCAUUAGAGAAUUGGAGGGCAAGAGCGAAAAUCUCCUUGAUACUCGGAGUGUGUUUAUGUGCAUUAGAGUGUAUAUCAGCUGCAUCAAAACGUCGAGUUCGCCCAUCUUUCUUUGCUUGCGCAGGACCCCUCAAUAUAUCAAACUGUAAAUCUUGUGUCGUCACUUACCCACGAUCUCUUGUGCGGAACCCUAAGAGAUGGCAUUUUAGUCGUCGGAUUGUGCUCUGAAGUGAUUCCAGGCGUGGCGCAGUUUCAAGGCAAUCAGAUCUCAUCGAGUCUUUAGUUGACCUCAAUUCUGUUUUCAGG